UACUUUCUUUUUCACUUUGUGCGUGUGUGUUUGAUGACGGAAAUUUGCAAAUAGAUCGCUGAAAAUGGCCAAAAAGCACGCGGGCGCCGACGCCAACGACAGCGACUAUAAUGAAGAACCAAACUUCGAGGAUCCUCCCGGCUUUGUGGACACCAUCAGCGAUGAAGAUCUGCUCGGCGACAUGCUGGCCCAACGCCCCUCGGAGGCGGAUGGCGUAGAAAGCGUUGUGGUGGUGGAUAACAUCCCCAAGGUGGAGCCGGUGCGCCUGGAGAAACUCAAGUCCGUGAUCAACAAGCUUUUCUCUCACUGCGGUGACAUUGUCAACGUAGUCUAUCCCGUUGACGAGGAGGGCAAGACCAAGGGCUACGCCUUCAUGGAGUACAAGCACGCCAGCCAGGCCGAGGAUGCUGUCAAGAAGCUGAACAACCACCGUCUGGACAAGAACCACACGUUUGCUGUCAACCUGUUUACUGAUUUUCAAAAGUACGAGAACAUCCCUGAAAAGUGGGAGCCUCCAACCAUUCAGACCUUCAAAGUACAAAGCGACUUGUACAACUUCAUCAACGAUCCCGAUGCAUACGAUCAAUACUGCGUUGCCGCUGAGACCGCCCCGAACUGCGUGCAGGUGGGCUUCUGGCAAAACACCCUGCCUGAGCCGAGUGAGCUGGAGACCCGCGAACGCUUCACCGACACCUUCGUCAAGUGGUCGCCUUUGGGAACUUAUGUGGUCACGUUCCACAAGCCAGGUGUAGCCAUCUGGGGCGGCAGCAACUUCCAGAAGAUCCAGAAGUUCCCCCAUCCCGGCACCCAGUUCGUGGAAUUCUCGCCCUGCGAAAAUUAUCUGGUCACCUACGGACCCACGCCUACGGGACAGAAGAUCAUAAUCUGGGACAUCCGCACUGGAGCCGAGAAGCGUUCGUUCGUCGCCGACGGUAUGUCGGUGCUGUCCAUGUUCCGCUGGUCGCACGAUGACAAGUUUGUUGCCCGAAUGGGUGAGAACUCGAUUCACAUCUACGAGACGCCCUCGUUCUACCUGCUCGACUUGAAAUCUAUCAAGAUUCCCGGCAUCCGCGGAUUCUCGUGGUCCCCUACGGACAACGUUAUCGCUUACUGGGUGGAAGAGCAGAACCAGAUUCCCGCCCGUGUCACCCUGAUGGAGAUCCCCAAGAAGCGCGAGAUCCGUAACAAGAACCUGUUCCACGUGGCCGACUGCAAGCUGCACUGGCAAAAGUCUGGUGACUAUCUCUGCGUCAAGGUGGACCGCUACUCCAAGCUGAAGAAGGACAAGAAGGAGUUGGACGUGAAGUUCCUGGGCAUGUUCUACAACUUUGAAAUCUUCCACAUGCGCGAGAAGGAGAUCCCUGUCGACUCGGUGGAGAUCCGCGAGCUGAUCCUUGCCUUCGCCUGGGAGCCAAUCGGCAACAAGUUCUCCAUUAUCCACGGCGAACCCAACUCCUCCAACGUCAGCUUCUAUGAGGUGAACAAGGGCGUCAAGCCCAGCCUGGUGAAGCGUCUCGAGAAGAAGUCCUGCACGCAUUUGUUCUGGUCGCCGCGCGGCCAGUUUAUCGUGAUGGCCAACCUCACGAUGGGCACCUUCGAGUUUGUGGACUCGACCAAUGAUUACAUCAUCAGCGCCUCGCCUGAUCACUUCCGCGCCUCCGAAGUCGAGUGGGACCCCACUGGACGUUAUGUGGUGACUGGUGUCUCUUCAUGGAAGGUGAAGGAGGAUACCGGUUUCAACAUGUACACGUUCCAGGGCCGCAUCAUCAAGCGCACAAUCCUCAAGAACUUCGUACAGUUCCUGUGGCGCCCACGUCCCCCUACCCUGCUGGCUGAGGAGAAGCAAAAGGAGAUCAAGAAGAACCUUAAGAAGUACUACGCUGUCUUCGAGCAGAAGGAUCGCCUUCGCCUUACCCGCGCCUCCAAGGAGCUGCUCGAGAAGCGCGCCCAACUGCGCGAGACCUUUAUGGAAUAUCGCAACAAGCGCAUUGCCGAAUGGAAGGACCAGAAGAGUCGGCGCGUCAUGCUGCGAGGGCAUGUGGAUACAGAUAACUUGGAAACCGAGGAGGUGGAUGAAGAGAUUGUUGAAUUUUUAGUCAAGGAAGAAAUAACCCUGCUGGAGUAGACGACCCCCGAUCUGUCAUCAUACGUUUCGUGUCCGGGACGCGUCUACUAGUUCGACCUGGUUGAUGCCAGGGCCUCCAUCCGUUAUCCAAGACAGUAGCGCGUCUGCUUUUGUACCACUCUUUGCGGAUACAUUGCCUAUACAUACAAUAUACGAACUAUAAGUCAUAAAGUAACAGCCCCGGGGAAAACAAAGAAAUUUUGAUAACCAACUUUAAACCGCGAACAACCUAACAUCAUUAAUUAGCAUUAUCCUUCCAGUAUGCUUAAAAGUAGAUUUGCAAUGUAUUUGUAUGUAAACAGCAAAAAGAAAACGAAAACAAAAUAGUA